GCCUGCAACGGCACGGAACGGGAUGGUACGGGAUGGGAAUGGGAUAGACACUGCUGGGAACGGGAUGGAACGGGAUAGACACUGCUGGGAACGGGAUGGAACGGGAUAGACACUGCUGGGAACGGGAUGGAACGGGAUAGACACUGCUGGGAAUGGGAUGGGAACGGGAUAGACACUGCUGGGAACGGGAUGGAACGGGAUAGACACUGCUGGGAACGGGAUGGAACGGGAUGGGAACUGCUGGGAACGGGAUGGAACGGCAGGGAACGGGAUAGACACUGCUGGGAACGGGAUGGGAACGGGAUGGAACAGGAAAGACACUGCUGGGAACGGGAUGGAACGGGAUGGAACAGGAUAGACACUGCUGGGAACGGGAUGGAACAGGAUAGACACUGCUGGGAACGGGAUGGAACGGGAUAGACACUGCUGGGAACGGGAUGGAAUGGGAUAGACAAUGCUGGGAACGGGAUGGAACGGGAUGGGAACUGCUGGGAACGGGAUGGAACGGCAGGGAACGGGAUAGACACUGCUGGGAACGGGAUGGAACGGGAUAGACACUGCUGGGAACGGGAUGGAACGGGAUAGACACUGCUGGGAACGGGAUGGAAUGGGAUAGACACUGCUGGGAACGGGAUGGAAUGGGAUGGAAUGGGAUAGACACUGCUGGGAACGGGAUGGAAUGGGAUGGAACGGGAUGGACACUGCUGGGAACGGGAUGGAAUGGGAUAGACACUGCUGGGAACAGGAUGGAACGGGAUGGAACGGGAUAGACACUGCUGGGAACGGGAUGGAACGGGAUAGACACUGCUGGGAACGGCUGGAACAGGAUGGACACCACUCGGAACAGGAUGGAACGGGAUGGAUGCUGCUGGGAACAGGAUGGGACACCUCUGGGAAUGAAAUGGAACAGGAUGGACACCACUGGGAACGGCUGGAACAGGAUGGAAUGGGAUGGAACAGGAUGGACACCACUGAGAACAGGAUGGAAUGGGAUAGACACUGCUGGGAACGGGAUGGAACGGGAUAGACACUGCUGGGAACGGAAUGGAACGGGAUAGACACUGCUGGGAAUGGCUGGAACAGGAUGGACACCACUGAGAACAGGAUGGAAUGGGAUAGACACUGCUGGGAAUGGCUGGAACAGGAUGGAUGCUGCUGGGAAUGGGUUGGACACCGCUGGGAACAGGCAGUGACCGGACACAGCCCCAGGCUGCACCAGCGAGGACAGCAGCAGCAAUUUCCCCAUGGAAAGGGCCUCCCAGGGAGGUUUGGAGUCCCCACCCCUGGAAGUGUCCACGGCCAGGCUGGAUGGGGUUUGGAGCCCACGGCAAGGCUGGAGCUGGAUGAGCUUCCAGGUGCCUCCCACCCAAACCAGGCUGGAACCCCAGAUGGGGUUUGGAGCCCACGGCAAGGCUGGAGCUGGAUGAGCUUCCAGGUGCCUCCCACCCAAACCAGGCUGGAACCCCAGAUGGGGUUUGGAGCCCACGGCAAGGCUGGAGCUGUGCGAGCUUCCAGGUACAUCCCACCCAAACCAGGCUGGAACUCCAGAUGGGGUUUGGAGCCCACGGCAAGGCUGGAGCUGUGCGAGCUUCCAGGUGCCCCCUACCCAAACCAGGCUGGAUGGGGUUUGGAGCCCACGGCAAGGCUGGAGCUGUGCGAGCUUCCAAGUACAUCCCACCCAAACCAGGCUGGAUGGGGUUUGGAGCCCACAGCAAGGCCGGAGCUGGACGAGCUUCCAGGUACAUCCCACCCAAACCAGGCUGGAUGGGGUUUGGAGCCCAUGGCAAGGCUGGAGCUGGACGAGCUUCCAGGUGCCUCCUACCCAAACCAGGCUGGAUGGGGUUUGGAGCCCAUGGCAAGGCUGGAGCUGGACGAGCUUCCAGGUGCCUCCCACCCAAACCAGGCUGGAUGGGGUUUGGAGCCCACGGCAAGGCUGGAGCUGGACGAGCUUCCAGGUGCCUCCCACCCAAACCAGGCUGGAACCCCAGAUGGGGUUUGGAGCCCACGGCAAGGCUGGAGCUGGACGAGCUUCCAGGUGCCUCCCACCCAAACCAGGCUGGAACUCCAGAUGGGGUUUGGAGCCCACGGCAAGGCUGGAGCUGGACGAGCUUCCAGGUGCCUCCCACCCAAACCAGGCUGGAUGGGGUUUGGAGCCCACAGCAAGGCUGGAGCUGGAUGAGCUUCCAGGUGCCCCCUACCCAAACCAGGCUGGAACCCCAGAUGGGGUUUGGAGCCCACGGCAAGGUUGGAGCUGUGCGAGCUUCCAGGUGCCCCCUACCCAAACCAGGCUGGAACCCCAGAUGGGGUUUGGAGCCCACGGCAAGGCUGGAGCUGGACGAGCUUCCAGGUGCCUCCCACCCAAACCAGGCUGGAUGGGGUUUGGAGCCCACGGCAAGGCUGGAGCUGGAUGAGCUUCCAGGUACAUCCCACCCAAACCAGGCUGGAUGGGGUUUGGAGCCCACGGCAAGGCUGGAGCUGGAUGAGCUUCCAGGUGCCUCCCACCCAAACCAGGCUGGAACCCCAGAUGGGGUUUGGAGCCCACGGCAAGGCUGGAGCUGGACAAGCUUCCAGGUACAUCCCACCCAAACCAGGCUGGAUGGGGUUUGGAGCCCAUGGCAAGGCUGGAGCUGGACGAGCUUCCAGGUGCCUCCCACCCAAACCAGGCUGGAACUCCCCAGUUCCAGGACACAGCGCGUUCCCCACUCGGUGCCAGGAGAGCCCAGCAGCCCAGGGCGUGCUCACCACCACGGACUUGAGGAUCUCGGUGGUGAUGGAGGGCAGCACGCGCUCGUCGUAGUCCUCGCCGAUGCUGGUGAAGAUGCGCGGCAGCUGCGCCGUCACGGGCCGGAACAGGAUCCGCAGCGUGAUGUUCACGUUCUGCAGGUCUGCAGCAGGAGCAGCACCUCCCUCAGGGCUGCUGCACCUGCAGGGAAUGCUCCCCAGCAAACUCCCCAGCUGCGCUUUGCCACCAAAAACGAGCUGGCUUUGCUGCCCUGCUCCCCCUCUGGGGUCCUGCUCUGCGCUGCUGUAAAGGGAGAAUCCCAGCCCCACCCGUGUCACCUGCCCCAGGUGAGCUCCAGAGGUCCCUCCCAGCCCCAGCUGCUCAGGAUUCAGUGAUUCACAGCACCAAAGGAAGAUCAAACCAUUCCCGUGUCACACUGGGACACCUGGGAUCUCCAGAGCCAAGGAACUUCUGGGACUGGAGGAUCUCCAGAGCCAAGGAACUUUUGGGACUGGAGGAUCUCCAGAGGCCCCUUCCAGCCCCAAGUAUUUGGGACCAAAGGAGGAGCUCUUUAGCAUUUGUGUCCUUUAUUAAAAACCUCAAACCA